AUGGUAAAGCAAUUGGAAAAUGAACAUAAUACAACGUCUCCUCCAUUGCUUGUUGCUGCUCAUUGUUCAACAAUACGACGCAAGGCCAAUCGUAUCGAUGAACAAGAAUUAACAGCUAUGUUAAAUGAUCUUUUUCGUGAAUUAUAUUUUAACAGUAUAAAUCCUACAAUAUAUUUAAAGUCUUUAUAUGAAGUACUUCAUGCAUUAAAUUCUACUUCAAUAUCUUCAUUAAUAUCUCUACAUUCACAUACAUUUUUUCUUCUCAUACGUAAUACAAUACAAACUCUUUUACAAAAAUUAUAUACAACAUAUCAAUUAAAUGAUCAAGAAAUAUCUGUUUUACGUAAUUGUAUUUUAUUACUUGAAAAUUUAGUUGAAGAUAUUGAUGAUGUGUCAAAAAUUUUACCUUGGAUAACUGAUAAAGCAUUUAUUGAUGCAUCAGCAAUAUGUUUAUAUCAAAUAAAUAAAAUAUUAAAUAUGAACAAUAGUCACCGUGUAAUAAAACUAGUAGUACAUUUAAUAAAUAUGUUUGCACGUAUACAAGAAUGUUUAUCAUGGGAUUUACAUCAAAGUUUGUUUGUUCGUUUACUUCAACCAACUAUUGAUUGUUUAACAUCGACUACUUAUGUACAAUUAUUUAAAGAUUUAAAACCAGAUUCAACUUCGUUAACAGAACUACAAAAAUUAUUUCUUAUUAAAUGUCCUUACUUUCUUGAAACUUAUAAUGGUCCACAUAUGGAAAAAAGUAUAGAACAAGUUUUAAAAACAAUGUUACCACGUUAUGUAUCGAUACUUGAUAAAAAUAUAAAACAAAUUAAAAAAUGGCAUGGUCCAAUGAUGCGUUCGAUUCGUCAUCUUCUUACAACUCUUAUUUUUGCUGAAGGUUAUUUUACAGUAUAUUUAAGUAAUGGAUCACUUGGAUCACUUAUUAAUCAUCUUUUAUAUCUUAUUAGUGAACCUACAUUAAUUAAAAAACUACAUAAUACUCCAGAAAAUCAAGAAACAUUAUUAAUUGAUGCAGCACUUCGUGUUUUUAGUGUAUUAAUUUAUGAACCUGAUGCUCUUGAUUAUAUUAAAAUUUGUAAAUCGGCGAGAAUAUUUCGAGCAUUAACAUCAAUAUCUUCUGAAAGUAUUGUUUUGAAUGCUUAUAUGAUGCUUGCUAGUACAAUUGAUAAAAAUGAUAUCAAAGAAUUAAAUAUUGAUUUAUCUCAAUUGACUUUUAAUAUUCUUAAUUUAUUAUAUAAUGCAGUUGAAUCUCAGAAUAAAACUAAUCUUAAUGAUCAAGUGAAUACGGGAAAUAUCAAUCGAAAUAUAAUACAACUUGCUCAAAUAUUAAAAAGUUUGAUACAAUAUGAACAAGUUAAAAAUGAAAUAUUAAAACAAAAUGCAUUAAGAUUUUUAAUUCAAUGUAGUCAAAAAUUUACUGGAUUAACAAAAGAAUUUUUUCUUGAAUGUCUAUGGAAAUUAUCAAGUAAUGAACAAGUAGUUCAAGAAAUGUCUCAAAAUUCAAAAUUUAUUUUGUCAUUAAAAGAUAUUCCAAAACCUAUUAUUAGUGAUACUCAAGAAAAUAAUAGUCUUCUUCAUUCUCAUAGUUUUAAUCGUCGUCGUCGAAAUAAUACUGUAAUUUCAUCUGAUGAUAUAGCAAAUAAUGAAAUAUAUAAAAUGGCUAAUAGACUUCUUCAAAAUCUUGUAAAUGAAUCUAAAUUUCAAGAAAAUGAACAAAAAUCAAAUGGAGAAUUAAAACAUAUUAAUGAUGGAAAAAUAUCUAAAUAUCAUAUUAUGAUUUCAUAUUGUUAUGAUGAUAAAGAUAUGGCUUAUAAAAUUCAAGAAUUUCUUGCUAAUGAAGGUUAUAACAUUUGGUUCAAACGUGAUAAUCCUCAUGAGCAAACUACUGACAUCCAAACUGAAGUAAUAGAUAAUUCCACAUUAAUUGUUCUUUGUAUAUCAAAUUCAUAUAAACGAGAUAAUCAAUGUCAAAAUGUAGCAGAAUAUGCAUUUAAUUCUAAACGACCUAUUCUUCCAUUAAUUGUACGUGCAGGAUAUACAAAUGAUGGAUGGUUAACUACUAUAAUCAACAAACAUAGACCUAUUGAUUUUGCUACAUCUGAUUUCAAGAUGGCUUCUUCAUUACUUAUUCAAGACAUUAAUCAACAUGUAAAAAAGAAAGUAUCCUAUGUCGAAGCAACGGCAAUUACACCAACUAAUGUUGAACAAAUGAUUCAUUCUUCGACGCCUGUUCAUUCCAAUCGACAACAGCAAAAAUCAUUCGAAAAUGGUAUUUCAAGAUCAAUAACACCUGCUCAUAAUGUUGUUACAGUUGAAAAAUCUUCCAAAUCUCCAAUUAAUUCUAAUUCAAGACCAAUUACACCAGGUACGGCACCUAUUACAUCUGUAUCUUCAUUCGUAAAUAUAAAUGGUAAGAUAAAUUUUCCGGAAGAAUUUCUAAAACGUGACACACGUAAUUCGACAUAUCAUUCAAGUUCAAUUAAUCAUUGGAAAAGAAAAGAAAUACUUGAUUUUUUAUAUGAUUCUAAUCUUAAUUUAAUGAUGCCAAUAUGUGAAUCAAUGACAGGUUGUGCAUUAAUACGAUUCUUUCGAAUGUGUCAAGAAAAGCCUAGCCGUCUUUAUAGUCAAAUAAAUCAUGAAUUACGUUGUCGUUUUCAAGAUGUAACUUUACCAAUGGGUAUUUAUACACGAUUUCUAACUGAAAUAGACAAUUUACUUACUUCAGUAUCUGUACCAUCUACUGUAUUAUCUCAUACAUCUCGUUCAUCAUUAAAGCCUAUUCAACAACAAUUAUAUAUGCCUAAUAGAGCUCGAUCACAACCAUCACCAAUGCAACCCAGUUCUAUAUCAUCAACACGUUCUUCAGUAACUCCUAAUCGGAUGCAAAAUUUUACACCAAUUGGAACACUCUUAGAAUCAACAAUACCUCAUACUACACGAGCUACGGGACGUACUAUUUUUCGACCGCCAUCUACUUGCGGUCAACCAUAUAAUUUUAUUGUUGAAUCUGCUGAAGAUUCAACUAAAUUACUACAAGAAUUUGAGCGUUAUGGACAUCAAUUACUUCUACUUCAUGACAAAGCAUGUGAACAUUUUUAA